GAGAGAGGGAUGGAGGGAGGGGGAGACAGGUAGAGAGUAUUGUCAGAGGUGGGGAGGGAUGCAUGCUUGCCGUUGCUCGUUGGGACACAUGAAAAAGGUCAACUAGAAGAUGUGAUGGAUUGCUGAUGGCUUUCUCUCAUUUCCAUCAUCCUAUUCCAUACGGUGGAGAAGCAGGUGCUGUCUUGUCUUGCCUACUCCAAGCUUCCCUACCUCGGUCUCCAGGCGGCGCGGCGCCGCGCCGCGCCUUUCCUUCCGCCAGCGGAUUUUACGCGCAGUAGUAGGAAGAAAGACAUCAUGAUAAAUGAGACGUGGAGCGUCUUUUUAUUGCACCGUGCGAUGACGACGACGACGCCGCCGCCGCCGAUGUGCUUGUCUUAUCGGGACUGCAUUUAAGAGCAGAUGACUUGGUCCGGUCCCGCAACUACUACAGCACGCGUUUCCUCCAAAGAUCAUUCCUGCAAACCAUGGCUGCUGACCAGUACAGUAUGUUUCUGAGCACGGCCCCCCCCCUCCGCCGAGGAAGCACACCCCUUCCUGUCAAGCACCAGCUGCGCAGAGAAGAAGCCGUGUCUGAGGACUGCGAUUGGAUCCCGGGAUUGGAGGAAGCUACCACAUUGCCUAUCAGUGACACAUUACCUCGUGAUGAAUCGUUCAGUCAAACGUCAGCAGCCCAGUCCACCUACCACAGUCACGGAGGGGCACUGAAGAUUGUGCUACUGGGACAGAAUGGCGUCGGCAAGUCAUCGCUGGCCUUGUCACUGGCCGGCCAGUCGGACAGAUCCCUCUCUGUAGACUCUGAGACCCAAGCUUGUGGUGAGGGCUACGAGAACUCAGUCACAGUUGACGACGAGGACAGCAAAAUCAUCAUUUUUGACAAUUGGAAACAGGACCUGUCCACUCUCCAGUGUGAUGUGUGCAUCCUGGUCUUCUCCGUGACUGACAGGCGUAGCUUCCAUCGCACGGCGCAGCUCCGUCUUCUCCUCAGGGAGUCCCAGCCUCACACGCCAAUCAUCCUGGUGGGCAACAAGAGCGACCUUGUUCGCUCUCGUGAAAUCAGCACCGAGGAGGCCCAAUCCAGCGCCAUGAUGUUUGACUGCCACUACCUGGAACUGUCAGCCUCGCUGGAACACGGCACCAACGAGCUGCUGGAGGCGGCCGUUCGAGCUGCGAGGGGCGACUGCGUGGGACCCAACUGGGCAGACGGUGACCCCGGUUCAGGACGCAGGGAAAGCUUGACCAGCCGGGCCAAGCGCUUUCUGGCCGGGCUCGUGCCACGCUCCUAUGGACGAGAGCGUGACAGAGGACGCUACCGAGAGAUGAGUCGCCACCGGGGCAGCAAGAUCCUUCGGCAGAAAUCGCGCUCCUGCCACGACCUCAGCGCACUGUGACAUCCAAUACAUGCAUACAAGCUCAACACACACUCCAACACUUGUGCGUGCGUGCGGACACACAUCAGACAUGCUACGGAUGGAAUGUCAAAUGAAAGAGGAGAAGUAGGACAAGGCACAAUUGUACAUGCUUGAAGCUCACAUUCUGCAUGUCCAUUUGGAGAU